UCCCCUUCCCCCCAAAAUACUGGAAUCAUUCUCACUAGGAUUAGGAACACUGCAAAAAACCUCCAGACUGCGGUUAGCGGAACCAAAUUGGCGGCCCCUUGCGAGUCUGGGGGGGAGUUCUUUUGCAAUUGCACCGAGGGCUGUCUUUGCUUAGGAGAUUGGCAGUCGACACCGGAAGCGCUGUUAAUCGGCGAGCAGCCAGGAAGCUCUCCUACUACGAGACGCGGCGGAGGGUCUAGUAGCGCUCGUUGUCCGUUCCGAGUGGAGCUCGGAGGAGUCGCGACCUCAACAGAGAUGGAUCCAGGUGUAGGGGGUCGCACGACGAGCGCGCUUUUCGCGGGCUUCCGGGCCUUGGGACUUUUCAGCAAUGACAUUCCGCACGUGGUUCGGUUUAACACGCUCAAGCGCCGCUUCUAUGUGACGACCUGCGUGGGCAAGAGCUUCCACACCUAUGACGUUCAGAAACUUAGCCUGGUUGCAGUAAGUAACUCUGUUCCACAAGAUAUCUGCUGUAUGGCAGCCGAUGGGAAGCUAGUCUUUGCUGCUUAUGGGAAUGUUUUCUCUGCCUUUGCCCGUAACAAAGAGAUAGUACACACCUUCAGGGGUCAUAAGGCAGAAAUUCAUCUUUUGCAACCCUUUGGGGAUCAUGUUAUCUCUGUUGAUACUGACAGCAUUCUUACUAUUUGGCACAUAUACUCAGAAGAAGAAUAUCUGCAGUUAACUUUUGAUAAAUCAGUAUUUAAAAUUUCUGCAAUUUUGCAUCCAAGUACCUACUUGAAUAAAAUACUUCUCGGCAGUGAACAAGGAAGUCUACAGUUGUGGAAUGUAAAAUCCAAUAAACUUCUAUAUACAUUUCCAGGAUGGAAAGUUGGAGUGACAGCUCUUCAGCAGGCACCAGCUGUGGAUGUUGUUGCUGUUGGCCUUAUGUCGGGUCAGGUUAUCAUUCACAACAUUAAGUUUGAUGAAACACUAAUGAAGUUUCGUCAAGAUUGGGGACCUAUUACUUCAAUUUCAUUUCGCACAGAUGGUCAUCCAGUAAUGGCAGCUGGAAGCCCAUGUGGCCAUAUUGGACUCUGGGAUCUGGAAGACAAGAGAUUAAUCAACCAAAUGAGAAAUGCACAUUCUACAGCAAUUGCUGGACUAACAUUUCUUCAUAGAGAACCACUUCUUGUUACAAAUGGUGCUGACAAUGCUCUCAGGAUAUGGAUAUUUGAUGGUCCCACAGGUGAAGGUCGGCUUUUGAAAUUCAGAAUGGGACAUAGUGCUCCUCUUACAAAAAUCAGAUAUUAUGGCCAAAAUGGACAACAGAUUCUUAGUGCAAGUCAGGAUGGAACUCUUCAGUCAUUUUCUACUAUACAUGAAAAAUUUAACAAGAGCUUGGGCCAUGGAAUAAUAAACAAAAAGAGAGUCAAACGUAAAGGUCUUCAGAAGACCAUGUCAGUGAGACUUCCACCCAUCAUUAAAUUUGCAGCAGAGGAAGCCCGUGAAAGUGACUGGGAUGGUAUCAUUGCUUGUCAUCAGAGUAAGCUCUCUUGCUCAACCUGGAACUAUCAAAGAUCUACAAUUGGCUCCUACUUUCUCAAACCAAAAGAGCUGAAGAAAGAUGACAUAACUGCUACAGCAGUAGAUAUAACUUCUUGUGGAAAUUUUGCUGUAAUUGGUCUCUCAUCAGGAACUGUAGAUGUGUAUAACAUGCAGUCUGGCAUACAUCGUGGAAGUUUUGGCAAAGAUCAAGCUCACAAAGGAUCCAUUAGAGGUGUUGCUGUGGAUGGAUUAAACCAGCUGACUAUUACAACUGGUAGUGAGGGACUACUCAAAUUCUGGAACUUUAAAAGCAAAAUAUUAAUCCAUUCUAUGAACCUUGAUUCAUCUCCAAAUGCAAUGCUGCUACAUAGAGAUAGUGGCAUUCUGGGACUUGCCUUGGAUGACUUCUCCAUUAGUGUUCUGGACAUAGAAACCAGGAAGAUUGUCAGAGAGUUUUCGGGACACCAAGGUCAAAUAAAUGACAUGGCUUUUAGUCCUGAUGGUCGUUGGUUAAUAAGUGCUUCAAUGGAUUGCUCCAUUAGAACCUGGGAUCUUCCAUCUGGGUGUCUUAUAGAUUGCUUUUUGUUGGACUCAGCACCUCUCAACGUGACUAUGUCUCCAACUGGAGAUUUUCUGGCCACCUCCCACGUGGAUCACCUAGGAAUUUAUCUAUGGUCCAACAUUUCGCUGUAUUCUGUUGUUUCAUUACGACCACUUCCAGCAGAUUAUGUUCCUUCAGUAGUAAUGCUUCCUGGUACUUGUCAAACCCAAGAUGUAGAAUUGACAGAAUUCAUAGAGCCAAGUGAUGAAAUGAUAGCGUAUGAGUCCCCAGAACAGUUGAAUGAGCAGUUGGUGACUCUGUCACUGCUCCCUGAAUCACGCUGGAAAAACCUUCUUAAUCUUGAUGUCAUUAAGAAAAAGAACAAACCAAAGGAGCCACCCAAAGUACCCAAAUCAGCACCAUUUUUCAUUCCAACAGUUCCUGGCCUUGUACCCAGAUAUGCUACACCUGAGCAAAACAGUGAUCCCCAACAGUCUAAAGUGGUAAAUCUUGGAAUGUUGGCCCAAAAAUCAGAUUUCUGCUUGAAACUUGAAGAUGGACUCAUAAAUAAUAAAUAUGAACUUGCACUUAACAUUUUGAAGGAACUGGGCCCAUCAGGAAUUGAAACUGAACUGCGAAGCUUAGCUCCUGAUUGUGGUGGGUCUAUAGAAGUUAUGCAGGGCUUCUUAAAAAUGGUUGGAAUGAUGUUGGACAGAAAGCGUGAUUUUGAAUUAGCCCAGGCAUACCUUGCAUUGUUUCUAAAGUUGCACCUUAAAAUGAUUCCUUCAGAGCCAACACUCCAAGAGGAAAUAACAAAAUUGUCAACAAAGGUGGAAGAAAACUGGAUUCAUUUACAAUCACUCUUUAAUCAAAGCAUGUGUGUUUUAAAUUAUAUAAAAAGUGCUUUGUUAUAAAAAUAAAUUGACAAAAAUAAAACAUCCGAAACUUG